AUGAGACCUGUUCAAUUCAUCCGCUUCCUCGCCCUCCUGCCUGCCGCAUGCAGUGCAAUGGCACCCUUGAACGAAUUCUUCAACGUCACGACAUUCCCCAACGAACAAAGCGCCAACGUAACUCGGUACCUAAGAGACGCCGCAGCGCUAGCCACAGAUAGCAGCAUCCACCAGUACUUCCAAGACCAAUGCAUCGUGCAGCAGGUAUACCCGGUCCUCUUCCAGUUCGACCCCGGCUUCGUAACGCCGUUCUCGCCCUUUGAUAAUCUCUACUUUGUCGGACACAGCGGCGUGUCUGCGUGGGCGUACAAGACCACCGACGGUAUUGUUGUGAUCGAUGCCCUCGACAACCAGGCUGAGGUUGAGGCUAUUCUGAUACCAGGACUGGAGAGUUUUGGACUGGCUGCAACGGAUAUUAAGCACCUAAUUAUCACGCACGAGCAUCUGGAUCAUUACGGCGGGGCCAAGUAUAUUCAAGAUACAUUCGGCGCUGCUGUGUACGCGUCCGAGAAGGCGUGGCAGGCGAUGGAACAGAUGGGCCCGGAUGCUGACCCCCCAGUUCCCAGCAGGGACAGAGUGCUAGGAGAUGGUACCGGCCUGGCGGUUGGAAAUGUGACGUUCCAUGCUGUCCUCACGCCUGGGCACACAGCCGGGACAUUGUCACUUAUUUUCCCUGUUGUUGACCGUGGAAGGCCGCAUGUAGCUGGUCUGUCUGGCGGCACUGGGACUCCAAAGGAUGCAGCCAUGCGGGAGCAGAAGAUUGGUUCGCAGUAUCGGUUCGCGCGGAUAUGUAAAGAAUCAGGUGUUGAUACGUUGAUUUCUAACCACCAGGUUGCGGAUCAUGCGUUGUGGCAUGCUGAUAUGCUGGCACAUCGGGAGCCUGGGGCUCCGAAUCCGUUUGUGGUAGGCGUAGACAACUUUGAGAAGUAUAUGAAGAUCAACGCUAUUUGCAGUAGGGUGGUUGCGGCGCGUGAAGGGCAGAACUUGCAGACCUGA